UCAACAACAGUCCAUAGAAAAACAAAAGCUAAUGGAAUACUCAAAAAUCCAAGCCAAGAUAUUAGAGGCACAUUUCUUAUUCAUUAUUGUCUUUUCUUAUGCUAGAACAAAUUCGCACUCGUAGAGAAUAUAAAGUAAAGUAGCUUUAAUACAUAAAAUAAAACACUAAACUUUUAAAACUAUAAUUUACAAAUAGAAAAACUUUCAAAAACGAAAAAACUUUAUGAAUGACACAAGUCACAAGUGUGGGGACAAUCACAAAGACAAAGUGAAAAGAUUGAGGAAAAUUUCUUAUUCAAUACGCUAGAAUAAAUUCAUACAAAUCAUGACAAAUUAAAUGUCACAAAUGCUCCUUCUUCCCUAGAAUGGAAUGGGUUGCCUGAAUUAGCCAGGAAAACUAAUGACUUAGGGUGUGUGGAAGCAUUAUACUUAUAAUUUGAGGCCCUUAAUUGAACAUGCAAUGGCUGAACCUAUAUUUGCGUGUACAAUGAAAGACCUACAGCAAAAUGGAGGUAGAAAAAGAAUGACUAUAGAUGGCAAAGACAUCUUUAUAUUAUUACACAAAGGUCAACUUUAUGCAUUUGAUAGUUUUUGUUACCAUGCUGGUGGUCCCUUGUACCAAGGUGAUAUUGAGGACACAUCAGAAUACUCAUGUAUUGUUUGCCCAUGGCAUAAAUAUAAAUUAACUGUGCAAUCAGGAGAGGGACUGUACUAUUCCGUGAAUCCACAAGACCUGAAGUCACCUCCACAACUUUGUUCAAAGGGUGCAAAACAGAGGACACAUGUAGUCACCAGACAAGAGGACAGGUUAUACAUCACCUUUUCCUACACAGUGAAGCCCCUUGGAACCGUCGAGUCUGAUCAUUACAACGGCUUGCUGAUGUAAAACAUUUCAUUUUCAUUUUACAUGUCCUAUAUCACGAUGAGUGAAUGUUGAGAAUAUUUGCGAACUUGUAAUAUUGAUGCAAUUAUGAGUAAGAUAUAGGCACCUUAUUACUAUCUGUAAGGUGGGAAUGAAACAUAGCACUCUGCUACUUUUAAAAUGCUUUCAAUGGUCUGCAUCUCUAAUAGCCUCUGACAAUAAUAAUAAUAAUUUUAUUUAUAAAGCGCUGUUAACAAACAAAAUGUAGGCUCAAGGCGCUGUAAUAACAUUACAAACACAAACACGACAAUACAAAUAAAAAACUAAUCUAAAAAAGUUUUAAACAAGUAGGUCUUAAUGUUCUUCUUAAAAGUGGUAUAGCAUGUUGUCUGUCUGAGAUCAAUGGGGAGUGAGUUCAGAACCUUUGGUCCGUGCACUGAAAAAGCCUGCAGACUGUAGCUUUUGAGGGAGAAACAUGGCAACCAUUCCAACUCCUGAUCUUCACUAGUUGCUCAGAUAUAGGGACCAGUGGAAUUGAUUUACAAACAGGAGAAGGGGCAAAGCCAAGUAACUGGCACUUGAGCCAGUAAACUUUAAGGAGGAGGGACUUGUAAGUCUUGGCUGGCUACCCACCUAGUAAAAGGAAAACUAUGAAUUCAAACCUCUGCUUACUUGCAGUUAGACUCAAACAUGGGAAAGUCUUUGAAAGUAAACCCUAAGGAAAAAUUAGGUGACCUUUAGGCAGCUUGCGGCAGAUAGGUGUACAUUCUGGUCCAGCCUGUGAUGCCGCUGACCCCAAAUUCUAAUGACAUUUGCCAUUUCUUUGUAUAGAUCAACUGCCUGGAGAGAGAGGAACUGCUGUGUCUGCGACAUUGUUCUGACUAAAGCUAAUGCCCUGGCAUCUCAUUUCCAUUAGAUGAUCCAUAAUUGUUUCUUGUCUGAAGGAGGCCAUACAUUAGGCCUACAUUAUAUGAGACAAAAGUUGUGACUUCUCUGUCUGUUGUGUGAAAAUGAUUUCUAUGUUAUAGAGUGUGGUGUCAUGAUUUAGUAAGGUUCUAUUAUAUAUAGACAUAGAAGGUUAAGUGAAAAACUGCUCCUGUACCAUUCUUCUUCUUCUUCUUCUUCUUCUAGCCAGCUUUAUUGCUGCUGAGCUGUGAGCUCUUUUGCAGACUGUGCCAAUGAAAAAAAGUGUGCUGUUUUCUUCAGUUGUUCAGCACUGCCGUACAGGAUGUUGGUUAUGUUGGGCUGUAGUGGAAGUAGGGUCUGCCUAAGGUGGAUUUGGGAGGGGCAUUCAAAGAGGAUAUGGUUUACGGUUUCAAAGGGGUAGGCGCAGUGUCUGCAAAUGGGAGUUGUGUGGAGUUUAUUUUGUUCAGAUGGUAAUUUAAUAGUGGUGUGUGUUCUGUUCUUAGUUGGAAGAUUGUAGAUUGUUCUUUGCGGGGGAGGAAGUUAAUACUGUCCAGUUUGUUAGGCAUAGUCAUUUCUUUGUACAUGGCUCUGUCUGUGUUUCCUGAUGCCCAUUGGUUGAGCCACUCCUCUUUGUGAUUGUUGACGAACAUUGACCUUAAGGUGAGGUAGUUAACAGGUCUAUUUGGUUGUUCCAUAGAUGAACCUGCCUUUGAUAGCUUAUCUGCCUUUUCAUUUCCCAUGAUGCCAAUGUGUCCAGGGAUCCACUGUAGUAUGAUAUUGAUAUUUAAUUUUGGAUAUCAUCUGAUGAAUUAUCACUAUUAGUGUUGUCAACUCUCUUGGGCUGUUUGAGGUGCUGCUGUUAAGUGCUUGCAGAGUAGAUUGGGAGUCUGUAAAGACAACAAUAUCUGAUGGUGGUUGCACUCCUUCAUAUAAUUUGUUUUUCUACUGUCUGUAGUGCUAUGGUAAUUGCCUCAAUUUCGGCUUGAAAGUUUGAGCAGUAAUUGCCACAGGGUGCGCUCAUCUCUCGUAUACCAUAUGGUGAUGCAUCACAAGCCAAUCGAACUGGUAGAUUUGGGUCAUAUCUUAUAUGAGAACAUUAUCAGAUGCUAUCAUUGUUUUUAUUGUUUCGAAGGCCUUGGUGCAGCUUUUGUCCCAAAUGAAUUUAACUUUGUCUUGUAGUAGAUUGUAGAGUGGUUGAGCUAUUAUGCAAUAUUUUUGAGCCACAAAUGGUAAUAGUUAACCAUACCUAGAAAAGACAUCAGUUGUGACUGUUUGGAGUAUGUGUGUUCAUUACUGCUAAUACUUUGUCAUUAGUUUUAUGCAAUACUUCUUUUGAAACUUUCAUUCCACAGAAAAUAAUUUCAUGUUUGAAGAAAGCAAAUUUUUUUUCCAGAUUUGAAUUGAGACCAUAUUCCUUCAGUCUGCUGAGUAGACUUCUUAAAUUUCCUGCGAUGGUCAUGUCGUCUUGAUUGCAUUGUACUCCUGGCAGUUCAUUUAAGAUAAUAUCCAUAGUUCUUUGCCAUAUCAUAGGAGCUAAUGUGAUCCCAAAAACGAGUCUGUUGUACACAUAUAGGCCUUUAUGUGUAUUGAUGGUCGUUAAAGGUUUUGAAGCUUCAUCUAUUUGAAGUGUAAGAUAUGCUUGUCGUAUAUCUAUUUUUGAGAAUUUGUCUCCCUUUCUAAGUUUUCAAGAAUAUCUUCUAUUCUUGGUAGAGAAUAUUGUUCGACUUUUAACACUGGAUUGAUGGUUACCUUGAAGUCACCACAUAUUCAAACAUCUCCAGAUGGUUUCAUUAUUGGUACAAUUGGUGUUGCCCAAUUGCUGUAAUUCACUUUAGACAGAAUUCCUUUAUUCUCUAGUUUAUUUAACUCCUUUUCUACUUUUGCCUUGAUAGCAUAAGGGACGGGCCUUGCAUUUGCAGAACUUUGGUUUAGCCUCAUCUUUUAUUGCUAUGUUUGCCUGCAUGUUUCUAAUGGUGCCUAUUCCUUCUGAGAAGACCUCUUCAAAUUCCUUGAUUAAACUGUUGAAAGUUUCUUGUAUACAAGAUUCAGAGGAUAUUAACUGUUUGAUGUCACUUCAGUUGAUCUUCAGAGAUUUUAUCCAUUCAUGUCCUAGUAUAGGAUUGUUACUUUUACUCAACAUGUACAAAGGAAGUUUCUUGGUUUCAUGAUGAUUGUAUACUAUUAUGUUCGCUUUUCACAAAGGGAGUAUUUCUUCUCCUUUACUGAUUCUUAAGCGGACAUUAGUACAUUCAAGUUUUGGGUUUCUUUUAAAGAUGUUUAUGUAAUCUUCUAUUGUCAUUAAUGAUAGCCCAGAGCCUGUAUCUAUUUUAAUUUCUGUGUCGAUUCUGUUGAUAUUAAUUUUGAUGCACAUUUGGUUUAUGUUUGUUGACAAGCUGAAUAUUUCUUCUUCUGUAUAUUCUUGUACAUUGUGUAAAUUCCCUCCUCUUUUGCUUGCUUAUUCAGGCCUUGUUUGCCACACUUGAAACAAGUGGCACUGUGAAAGAAGCAUCUUGAUCUUGUAUGAUUCUACUUGCCACAGGAGAGUUGUAAGGUUUCUUUUGAUCUCUUGCGAUUGUCUUUCAUUCAAAGUUCAGCUUUUUCUGCAUCCUAUGUAGAGAUUGAGAUUGAUUAGACUGAAUCUGUUCAGCAUCUCUCUUGGCCGUCUCCAUGGCUGUAGCUAUGUUCAUAGCUGUCGAUAAUGUUAGACUGGCCACUUGAAGGAGUCUUUUUCGAAUGUUUACAUCUUUUAGACCACAAACAAAUCUAUCUCUAAGCGAAUCUUGGAGAGCGGGGCCAAAAUAACAGUGUUCUGACAGUGCUUUUAUAGCAGUUAUAAAUUCAUUGAUUGUUUUGUUGUCUUCUUGGAUUUUGUGGUGGAAUUUAAAUCUUUUCAUAAUCUCCAAUGGAGGAGGGCUGUAAUAAUUGUUAAGUCACUUGCAAAGCUCUUCAUAUGAUUUCCUGAUGGGCAACUCUGGGGACGCCAAUGACCUUAAUGUAGCAUAAAGCUUGGCCUCUAUAGAGGUUAGUAAUAUGGCACCCUUUUUCUCCGAUGGAGUACUGUUUGCAUUAAAGUAGGCAUCAAGCCUUUCUUUGUAAUUUAUAAAAGUUUCUGUACCUUCAUUAUACAUGUCUGGUUAUCCAAUCUUUGUCACUAAUUGUGGUGUCGUGACUUAUUAAGGUUUUAUUAUAUAUAGACAUAGGUUAAGUUAAGAAAUGUUUAGUGUUUACAUUUUCCAUUGAAUAACCCGGAAGUGAUGCUCUUUAUUAGUAACAUAAAUAAACAUACAUAUAUAAAUUAGCAUAAUAUAUAUACCACAUUCAUCAAUUCUUACAUUUCCUGCAAAGUAUUUUAUUUUGUCAUGAGAACACUUGCAUAAAAGUUUGUAACUGUUGUUUGGUUUAUGCUAGAAUGACAGAUGACCAAGAUAAAUAAUUUUAACUGUUGCUAAUGUUGAAUUUUUUUUUUAAACUUUUAGUUUAUUGUUAUGAUUGUAAUUGUUGGCUAGUUUUAGGGGGGUUUUUUAUCGGUUUGUAAAACAAAAAAAAAUCUGAUGUAAUAAAUCGACUGAAAGUCAUUUAGCAACCAAUUCCUUUGACAUAGAUUUAAAACUUUUGGUUUAUUGUUAUGAUUGUUUUUGUUGGCAGCGAGUGUAAAAAAAAACUAACUUGCAAUUGUGUCACUAUAAAUCUAUCCAAAUAAUCUAAAAAAAAACACUUUUCAAUUGUUUUGAUAAUCAAAGUGGCAACAGGAUGAAACCUUCCAUGUAUCAAAGUUGAAACUUCCGUGUCUCCAAUUGAAUAAUUGGCAGCUUUCAUUUUACAUUGUCAUAUAACAUGCUCAUAAUUUAGUUCAUGAAAAUGUUUUGCUUCAAUCAAAUAAUGAAAUUGUGUUUGGACACAAUUGAAAAACUGUAAAGCUUUGUAAUAAAAGUUUCAAACAUUCAAGAA